UCUCGGAGCGGUCGCGGGAUGGCGCCCGCGGCGACGGAGCCGAGAGCGGCGGCUCCGAGAUGUCGGCCGGCAGCGGCGACCGCCGGCCCUCCACCUGCCGCGUGGAGCUCGGCGCCCUGCUCGCGCCCGAGCCGCGCCCUCUCGACAACAAGGUCAAGCGUCAUAGCAUACAUGGCAUGACAGAGGAGGAAAAUGUGGUGCGGCCGCAUCAGGAAAUGGCAGUGCUGUCCCUCGAGGAGAAGAAGUAUCUCCUGGGCGUCGAGCGAGGGGACGUGGCGGGGACGCGGCGCGUGCUGCAGCGAGCGCGGGACACGGGCCACAUCAACGUGGACUGUGUCGACCCGCUCGGCCGCAGCGCGCUGCUCAUGGCCAUCGACAACGAGAACCUGGAGAUGGUGGAGCUGCUGCUCGAGUUCGGCGUAGAAACGAGGGACGCGCUACUCCACGCCAUUUCAGAAGAGUUUGUGGAAGCCGUGGAAGCGCUCUUGGAUCACGAAGAACGGACGCGGAAAGAGGGAGAACCACACAGUUGGGAGGCGCUUCCCCCGGAGACGGCGACAUUCACUUCAGACAUAACGCCCUUGAUCCUGGCAGCACACCGCGACAGCUACGAGAUCAUCAAGCUGCUGCUGGACCGCGGCGCCGGCCUGCCCGUGCCGCACGACGUGCGCUGCGGCUGCGACGAGUGCGUGCGCUCGCGCCGCGAGGACUCCUUGCGCCACUCGCGAUCUAGGAUCAACGCGUACAGAGCUUUAGCAUCCCCCUCCCUAAUCGCUCUAUCUUCUAAAGACCCGAUACUAUCAGCGUUCGAACUAUCGUGGGAAUUACGAAGAUUAUCUGCAUUAGAGCAUGAAUUCAAAACGGAGUACCAAGAGCUACGCGUGCAGUGCCAGGAGUUCGCCACGGCGCUGCUGGACCACACGCGCACGUCCAACGAGCUGCAAGUGCUGCUCAACCACGAGAAGGGAUCGCCGCAAGCGCCGCUCAUAGAGCCCGGCGCGCCAGAGAGGAUGCGACUGUCGCGGCUCAAGCUGGCUAUCAAACUCAGACAGAAAAAAUUCGUAGCGCACCCGAACGUGCAGCAAUUGCUAGCGUCGAUCUGGUACGAGAGCGUGCCCGGGUUCCGGCGCAAGAACAUGCUGCUGCAGGCCGCGGAGAUGGUCCGCAUCGGCGCCAUGUUCCCGCUCUACUCGCUCGCCUACAUCGCCGCACCGCACUCCGCAGCGGGACGCAUGCUGAGGAAGCCCUUCAUCAAGUUCCUGUGCCACUCCGCCAGCUACUUCAUGUUUUUAUUUCUGCUCAUCCUGGCGUCCCAACGGAUCGAGACAGCAGCUGGGGGCAUUUUCUGGGGCAGCACACACGACGCGCUGGUUUCCCGCCGCGGCUCUCCACCCACACUGAUCGAGUGGCUCAUUCUUUCAUGGGUUAGCGGUCUAAUCUGGAGCGAAGUAAAGCAGCUGUGGGACAUGGGCCUGCAGGAGUAUGUACACGACAUGUGGAACGUCAUAGAUUUCGUCACCAAUUCGCUCUAUGUCGCCACUGUCGCGCUACGUAUCGUCUCGCACUUCCAGGUACGGAGAGAAAUGGCGAUGGGUCUCCAGUGGAACCAGCCCCGCGAAAAGUGGGACGCGUGGGACCCGAUGCUACUGUCGGAAGGGCUGUUCUCCGCCGCCAACAUCUUCAGCAGCCUUAAGCUCGUGUACAUCUUCAGCGUCAACCCGCACCUCGGGCCGCUGCAGGUGUCCCUGAGCCGCAUGGUGCUCGACAUAUUGAAGUUUUUCGUCCUGGAUAUUCUUGUUAUAUUCGCAUUCUCUUGUGGUCUGAACCAGCUGCUAUGGUACUACGCGGACAUGGAGAAGAAGCGCUGCACGACGCUGUCGGGCACCAACAGCACCGUGCAUGACCCGGACGCUUGCAUCGUCUGGAGGCGAUUUGCUAAUUUAUUCGAGACAAUGCAGACGCUAUUUUGGGCGGCGUUCGGUCUGGUGGACCUGGAGUCCUUCGAGCUGGACGGCAUCAAGAUCUUCACGCGCUUCUGGGGCAUGCUCAUGUUCGGCACCUACGCCGUCAUCAACGUCAUCGUGCUGCUCAACCUGCUCAUCGCCAUGAUGAACCAUUCCUAUCAACUUAUAUCUGAGCGCGCGGACGUGGAGUGGAAGUUCGCGCGCAGCAAGCUGUGGAUCAGCUACUUCGAGGAGGGCGGCACGGCGCCGCCGCCCUUCAACGUGGUGCCGUCGCCCAAGUCCGCGAUAUACGCCUGGCGCUGGCUGCAGCGCCGCCUGUGCGGACACACGCGCGCCAAGCGGGAACACAUGCGCACUAUACGGAGAAAGGCUAAACAGGCUACAGAAAGAGACUUCAGAUAUCAGGCAAUAAUGCGCAACCUGGUGCGGCGCUACGUGACGGUGCAGCAGCGGCGCGCGGAGUGCGGCGGCGUGACGGAGGACGACGUGAACGAGAUCAAGCAGGACGUGAGCGCGUUCCGCUGCGAGCUGGUGGAGAUCCUGCGCAACUCCGGCAUGAACACCUCCACCGCCAACGCGGGUGCGCCAGGUGGAGGAGGCGGUAAGAAGAACCGUCAGAAGGAGCGGCGACUCAUGAAAGGGUUCAACAUAGCGCCCGGCGCGGCGCUGGCGCCCGUGGACGAGUUCCUGGCGUCGCUGCACCACGAGCACGGCGGCUCGCACGGCGCGCACCACGCCUCGCUGUCCGCGCUGCUCGGCGGCCGCCUGCGCACCAGCCAGUCCAGCCUCUCCGAUGGAGCAGGCGGAGGAGCUGGUGUGUUGGCCGCGCGCCGCAAGCCGGUGGGGCACAAACGGCGCUGGGGCACCAUCAUCGAGGCAGCACGCGCGGCGCGGGUGUCGCGACUCAUCGGUCGUUCGCGCUCCGAGGAUUCCGUGUGUGAUCACGCACGUCCAUCGCCGAGUGGAAGCGAGCGAUCAGAUUCUGGAAGCGAUUCUCAGCGCAGUCCAGAACGCGUGUCCCGCAGCGGGCCGCUACACCCGCUGACAGCGCUCGCGGCCCUGAAGCGGAAGCGCAAGAAGUUCUCGGACUCGCGGCGGCAGGCGGAGGCGGCGCGCGGCACGAGCGGCGCGGAGGCGCUGCAGCGCGCCAGCUCGGUGCCCGCGCGCGCGCCCCCGCCGCCCGCGCCCCGCGCGCCCCGCGCGCCCGCCGUGUCGCCCUCCACCACCGCCGAGAGCGUGGCGGCGCGCGGCGGCAGCCGGGAGCCGCUGCUCGCCAGCCUCGAGGACGACGCGCUCAAGGUGACGCGCCCGCACUCACAGUCCCUCGACACGUGCGGGCAGUGCGGCUACGAGACGAGCACGGAGUCGCACGCGGCGCUGAACGGGGACGGCGACGUCGAGGACAAGAGCACGCCGUCGCCGAGCGGCGAGGCGGAGGGCGCGGCGUGCGGGCGCUGCGCGGCGCUGGCGCGGCUCGCCGGCGUCACCCCGCUGCACGGCCACGCGCCGCACCACUCCGCUGGCUGGCUGUAG